GAUCCUCAUCAUGCAUGGAUGCACAGUCAGUACCUCGGAUCGAGCGCUGAGUGGUCGUAAAUAUCAAUUUUUCGAUUUUUCAUUUAUCAUUUGCGAAUUCGUAUUAUAUUUUGUCUGUCACUAAAUGACAGUAAGGAUCAAAUGGCGGGAAAUAAUCGAAUUUAAAAUGGUUGAUCCAGGAAUUUGGAAUAGAGGGGGACCAGGGAGGGACUUCUACAUAGGCCUACAGAUGGAGAGUGUGCCCCACCAUAUGGUUGGGGCUGAGAAAUUAAAUCGAUCAGUGCAGAAUUAAAAGUUUUGCAGAAAUGGGUGUCAAAGGCCUGACAAAGUUCAUCGAUGAACAUCGCUUCUUGUCUGCCAGAGUUGAAAUCUCUGAUACAAAACUGGUUAUUGACGGUUACAGUUUGCUGUAUCACUUGUAUAUAACUGCUGAACUUGAUAUGAAACAUGGUGGAGAAAACCUUAUAUUUUAUGGAAUAUGCCAGACAUUCAUCACAAAUCUCAGACAGUGCGGCAUUGAGCCUUUUAUUCUAAUUGAUGGUGGGAUUGACACUGAUGAAAAGAAGUUCAGGACUCUAAAAGACAGACACAAAGAUCGGAUACGGCAAGCAAUUUCACUUGCUGGUGGGGGUUGUGGCAUUAUACUACCCUUACUGGCAGUAGAUGUCUUUCGUCAAGUUCUAAUGGAUCAUCAGGUUAACUUUGCUCAGUGUGACUUUGAAGCAGACAGCGAACUUUCCGCUUUAGCAAAUGCAUACAAUUGCCCACUUGUUUCAAAUGACAGUGACUUUUAUGUGACAGAUCUUACAGGUGGUUUCAUACACUUGAAGUAUUUCCACUUUGAAAAUCCAAAGUAUAAAUCAAAACUCAGAUCUGCAUACUUAGAGUGUAAGAUCUACCAUGUUGAUGAAUUUUGUAAGCAUUUCACAAUAAAUAAAAGUUUUCUUCCACUACUGGGAACGCUGCAGGGUAACGAUUAUGUGGAACGAUUUUUGGGUAAACAUUUGGAAGAGCUCAUACAUUGGCUUGCUCAAUUUGAUACAACGGAAAAUGCAGUAAAAGCUGCUGUUAAAUAUCGGCACCAAAAAGAAAUCCUUAAAGAAAAAAUUCAAGCAUCAAUGGAAAUGUAUACUGCAAAUAGAACAUCGGAAUAUGCUAAAUACUUUCAAACAAAAGAGAUAGACCAGAAUGAUUGCCAGUUGUGGCAAUAUCAUGAUCUUCCUCUGUGGUUUAUAAGUGAUUUCCGAGAUGGGCUUUUAACAGCAGACACUCUAAAUGCAUUUUUUAUUAAGAAAUGUUUUUUGGCAAACUUUAUUGAGUGUCCGCAUCAUGCAAGUUCAAAUGCAAUUAGCCUGCCAAUACGGAAAAAAAUGUAUGGUUUUAUUCACCAGAAUGACUGCAGCAAUAAACCAGUGAUUGAAGAGUAUGAUAGAGAAGGCAGCACUGCCACGUGUAGAUCAGUUUUUCCAUCAUACUGUUCUCUUAGUAUUCAUAAUAUUAGAAGUCUUAACCAAGCACAGAGCAAAUCUGAACUUCUAGAUUGUAUACUCUUAGAAGCAAAGGAUUUGAAGGACAUUAAAGAGGAGUAUCAGCUUCCAAUUGCAUCCAUGAUGUACUGGAUCAAGAAUGCAAAGCCUGAAGUGUGCUGGAGGCAUAUCAUAGCUUUGCUUCUGGGAAUCAUUAUAAGUACUGCCAUUAAAAAGUUACAUGAAAAGCAGUCUACCCAAUGCAGUCAAGGCAAAGAAGACAACCGAAGCAUGAUAGAGCAGAGAUUCACUAAUAUAAGAAUCAAAUUCAAGGCAACAGAAAACUGUUUUGAUGUCGAUGCCAACCAUAUGUUUUCACAGUGGCAAAGUGUUUUGAAACAUAUUUCACAAUUGAAUACCUUUUUAUCCUCUCCGCUUAUGAUGUUAGAUGUUUCUGUAGUGUACAAUGGAACAUUUGUACAUGGGGUCUACAACUUCCUUAAGACAUUCCAAAAACCUGGAAAAGCUUUGGAAUAUGUAAAUCAAAGCCAUGUUCUUGAAAAUAUUGAUUUUUUUGAGCUGUCCUCCAUGUACUGCAAUGUAGUUCAUAGUUUGGACACCAGAUAUAAAAUAGGUGGUGAUGUUGAGGGAUCUAAAGGUAGCAUCAGUGGUGAGAGAGCUUCUGGUUAUGAUAGAAGAGAAGUUGGUAGUGGAAACAGAAAUAGAAGAUCUAGAAGUAGCAACUCAAGAUUUAACAAAAGAUCUGAAAGUGUCGACCAGUGGUCUCCAGCUGUCAACAGAGGACAUGAAGGUGGUAUAAGAAGACCUGCUGGAGGAGGACCUGAAAGUCCUAACAGAGUGCUUGGUGGUGGUGGUGGUGGCUGUAUAUUUUAUAAUAUUGGCAAUAUAUUUUAUAAUAUUGGCAAUCAAGGAUCUAGAGGUGCAGCUGACAACAAAAGAGAAGGUAGAUACAGAGACCAUGGACGUGGCAACAGAGGAUCAGGACGUUGUAACUUUGGAUCUGCAGCUGGCAACAAAGGAUCAGGAAGUGGUGAGAGAUUUGAAGGUGGCAACAGUGGAGCUAUGGGUGGUGGCAGAGGAUCUGGAGGUGGUGGUAGAGGAUCUGGAGGUGGUGGCAGAGGAUCUGGAGGUGGUGGCAGAGGAUCUGGAGGUGGUGGCAGAGGUUCUGGAGGUGGUGGCAGAGGAUCUGGAGGUGGUGGCAGAGGAUCUGGAGGUGGCAACAAAGGAUCAGGAAGUGGUGAGAGAUUUGAAGGUGGCAACAGUGGAGCUAUGGGUGGUGGCAGAGGAUCUGGAGGUGGUGGCAGAGGAUCUGGAGGUGGUGGCAGAGGAUCUGGAGGUGGUGGCAGAGGAUCUGGAGGUGGUGGCAGAAGAUCUGGAGGUGGUGGUAGAGGAUCUGGAGGUCGUGGUAGGUAAUAUACUGUACGAAAAAUCAAUGUCAAUUGUGAUUACACCAACAUUGUUCAGUAAAACAUUUUUUUAAAACUAUAUUUCACAAUUACAGUGCUGGCUAGCACAAAAACAGUAUAAAUCUAUGCAUUCCAAAAAAAUAACUCGUUUGAUGUACAGUACUGGUAAAACUUCCAUACAUUUUUCACUUUUAUUAUAAUCAAUUCCUGACAAAAGUGGUAUAUUAUUCUGACUGGCAUAAUCCCUGUACUUACUUGCCAUUAAGCAAGACAUUUUAUUAUGAUAUCGUAUCAAUUUUUAUAUUUGUAGAAGACUAGGGGAUUACUGUCCAAUACGUGUUACAUUUGCAUCUUAGCAGUUUACCUUUUUCUUUUCAAAAAAAGUAAUGUAUACACAUCUGUUAAACACAUGUAUAUCAUACCUAAUUUUGUUACAGUUUUAGAGUUUCUCAAGGCUAGUCUCACUUCUUUUUUUUAUAUUAAAUAUACAGUACUACAAAAACAUUUGUUACAAAUUACAGUACGAUCAGGGGUAAUAAUGCUUUGAAAUAGUGUAAGGCACUUCCGAGCAUUAUUAAAAGGGCUGCAAAAUGCCAAUAUAUUUGUUGACAUGGCAUUGUGUUUCAUUAUGUGAAAGAUAUGCUGAUUGGGUUAGGUUGAUUGAGGAACAUUUACAUGGUGGUACAGUAAAAGAACAUGUUUACCGAACAACUCGGAGAUAUCAAAGCAGUGCAACACUGUACAGUAUUUCAUAUCUCUUUAAAUGAAAGAUAAAACAGCAUGCUUUUUUGUUGAUGUUCUUUGUGUUGAUUUGGUUUACGAUUUACCUGGUCAUUUUCUUAUCAUGCUUUCUUUUGUUUUUAUUAUGUAUAUACAGUAUACAGUAUGUAUUUUAUCUGCAA